CGUAUUCGAAGUGUCGUUUCCGUGUGUAUAACAGAUGUUCAGUCCACGUUUGCUAGCUAUCGUGCUAACAACAAGGCUCGCUGGCUGACGCCGAACCUGGAGCACGUUGUCCCCAAUAAUCCAUAUCCGAUCCCUGCGUGACAGGUCGGCGCAUAUCGGGGAGUGGAUCGAAGGGGAGAGUCAGAGGAAUCGGGCGACGACGAGACCAGGAGGAAGAGCAUCAAUGGCGACAUGGACCCUAAUCAGCCUCCCGCCACGAAUAAAGAAGAGUCUCCUGUUGACAUGGACACCAUCAUCCUAGACCCAGAGGAGGAGGAUGUGGACCUUGUUCAUUGCCGUAUCGGAAAAAUUGAAGGACUGGAAGUGCUUCAGAAAGCAAAUACACUUUCCUUACGGCAGAAUCUGAUUAAAAAAAUUGAAAAUCUCGACAGUUUGAGCUCACUGCGAGAGCUCGAUUUGUAUGACAAUCAAAUCCGCAAGUUGGAGAACCUGAACAAGCUCACUCAGUUGGAGCAGCUGGAUGUGUCCUUCAACGUUCUGAGGAAGAUGGAAGGUUUGGAGCAGCUGACUCGGCUGAAGAAACUUUUCCUGCUUCACAACAAAAUCGGCACCAUCGCCAACCUGAGUCACUUCCCCUGCCUGGAAAUGCUGGAGCUGGGCUCCAAUCGCAUUCGAGUCAUAGAGAACCUGGAUACGCUCACGUCUUUGCAAAGCUUAUUCCUUGGCACCAAUAAAAUCACCAAGCUGCAGAAUAUGGACAGCUUACACAGCCUGACUGUGUUAAGCAUUCAGAGUAAUCGGAUUACUAAAAUGGAAGGUUUGCAGAACCUGGUCAGCCUGCGAGAGCUCUACCUCAGCCACAAUGGCAUCGAGGUCAUCGAGGGCUUGGAAAACAAUAAAAAGCUGACUACUCUGGACAUUGCAGCCAACAGAGUGAAGAAGAUCGAGAAUAUUGGCCAUCUAACGGAGCUGCAGGAGUUCUGGAUGAACGACAACCAGAUCGACAACUGGUCGGACCUGGACGAGCUGAAGAACGCCAAAUCCCUGGAGACGGUCUACCUGGAGAGAAACCCGCUGCAGAAGGACCCGCAGUACCGGCGGAAGAUCAUGCUGGCGUUGCCCAGCGUGCGCCAGAUCGACGCCACCUUCAUCCGCUUUUAAACCUGCAGUAUGGUACACGCCGUCCGCCCCAGCAUCAAGCAGCACCGCCACUCGCCACUCACCGAAUCAUUCUCGCUCCAGAUACAGAAUAGACGGUGCAGCUUCAAAGUAUGCGCUUCUUCACAAGUCCAUCCAUGGGAUGGGAACGUAUUCAUUAUGGCACUGGGAAUGAACUGUCAAGUAGCAUCCAAUCAAUCACUUUGCUAUUUUCGAUCAUGUAGCCAAUUGACGUAUUUGUCUGAUUUUGAAAGCGCUAAAAGGCAAGAGGGAUCGGAUCGCUCACCAACAAUGAUUUGAUGUGAGAGUAAAUUGAACAAAUUGAAGUUGUAAGUCAAGCUAGCCCAAAAGUAGCUACACACUUGGAAGGUGAUAAAUACAAUCAACAAUUUGCGUUCUAAUCUUUGCCCACCCUGUAGAUCCGGCAGUUAGCUUAUUGAAAUAACUCCCUAACUCCUAAUGACUCCUUUUAAAUCUGAAGAUGCAUCAUUUCAAACUUAUUUGCAAAUUUUGUUUGUGUGUGUUCUUGACAUAAUUUACAGCAAAACGCGACAAAUGUCCCCCAGGCUCGCCUCGUCACUUCAUCUUACAAUCAAGUGACACCUUUGUCGUCAAAUAAAUCUUACAAGAAUGUAACAUUUGUGUCUAUCUCGGAUGGUAAAUAAUGUUUCCCUUUUUUGUGUAAUACCGAUCACAACUUUUUUUGCUUGUUUUGUUGUCAGAUUUGUUUGGAGUGCUUCACAAAGGUUUUUACUGGUUUACCUCCAGCUCUGAGAAUGGAUGAUGGGUUUAAAGAUGCUGCUGUGACACAUUCUGUAUUAUUUAUUGACAGUUGCACUCAACUAAAAAAAUCUGAGGGGCUGUUUUUGUGGUGGUCUCUUUGAAAUAACUUGGAGAGCACUAGAUUUGAUCCAUGUAUACAUAUAUACCCUACUUUGUUCAUUUGACAUCAUGGCUAAAAAAAACAGAUUUUUUUUGUAGAGUUAAAAGUUGUACACAUUUUGAGAUAUUUUACGCUUGGUUUUAAUGGACUCACAAUGUCAAGUAAUGGAUUGAAAGAAUUAAUGUGUGUUGCCAGUGAAUUUAAGUGGUUAAAUCAAGUGAUCUUAAAUUGUCAUUGAAAGAGUUAAUCUGACAUGCCAUUUGUUGUUUAAAUAAUCUACACCACAGGGUUUUGGGACUUGAAAUGGAAUGUAUUAUGCAAACAACAAUAAAUGUAUAGUAUUACUACUUUA